GAGAAUGCCUAAAAAAUAAUGGAAGAAAGCGAUGGAUCAUCUUCCGUAGUUAAGACUUAAGACACACCGGGGUCGAAUACGGAUGCACGAUCCGGUCCCCGCCAUCAACUCUCUUGAAAGAAAGAAAGAAAAAAGAAAGAUGAAUUUGGUUGCAGAAUCAAAUUGAAGCCAGGGGACCAUAGAGAAAACGUUGCUUUCGGACUACUCUAAAUGGCUUCUUGAAAACAAGAAUCAAUAAAGCUACACAUACCUUGCCAGAUUGACUGCCAUUGAAGAACCAGUACGAUAUCCAGUUUUUGAGGGGCUUUUUUUCAUUGAAAACAGAGAAAGCUGAACGCCUUUCUCUGCCGCACAAAGUGCACUUACCCUUACCUUCCGUCAUUUUCCGUCAGCGGUUGCCAGUUGCCAUUGCCAUUGUCAUUGCCAAUGACUUCUCAGUUUUCGAAGCAACUUGUCUCAGUCUGGCCCCCCUUCAACUUUGCGUGCUUUUAUAAAGCCCUUUUUUAGUUAACAGUUUUUGAUAUUUUGGCUGUGAUUCCUCUUCGAAGAAAUAUGAAUUUGGAAGCGUUUCAGUUUGUGGAUGAAGAGAUUCAGAACCUGAUGUCGGCGGAACCACCGCUGGAGACUGGCAAUUCCUUCACGGCUCUUCUCGAGCUUCCACCGAAUCAAGCCGUGAAGCUUCUACAUUCGCCGGAGGAAGAAACACCAAACGUUUUCCCCUCCGUGACGGCGAAGGAGAAUUCGCCGGAGACGACGGGAUCAAUUCUAAUUCUACAACAUCCGAACCGUAUUAUCAGUAAUCCGGUGAAACAAGAGCCUCUGGAAUCAGGUUCCCUGCACAAUUCAUCACCGAUUUACUCAGAUCCCAUAGAUUCAAUGUCAACAAAACGAAAGGAUCGAGAAAAGACGGUGAAAUCAUCGGGGAAGAAGAGCAAAACCGCUGCAAAAGUCACCGAACGCGAGAAGCUUCCGUACGUUCAUGUUCGAGCUCGGCGGGGUGAAGCUACUGAUAGCCAUAGCUUAGCUGAACGAGCAAGACGAGAGAAGAUUAAUGCUCGGAUGAAGCUUUUGCAAGAACUGGUCCCUGGUUGUAACAAGGUUUCUGGUACAGCAAUGGUGCUUGAGGAGAUCAUCAAUCAUGUACAAUCCCUACAACUUCAAGUAGAGUUUUUAUCGAUGAAACUCGCUGCUGUUCACCCAAGAGCUGAUAUCAACCUCGAAAGUUUAUUUUCCUCAGAGAGUGGGUCCCCGAUGGAGUGCAACUUCACGGGCAUGGCUUCACAAUCAUGGUGGCCCGAUGGAGAAGUGAAUGGGAACACACAAGAAAUAUGGCAUCCUGAUGGACUCACUAACUUGGUAACGCCAGAGACCUCACUUUUGAGCUACGACUCUUCAGGCAAUUCAGCUUCUUGGCUGACUAGUCAGCUGAAAAUGGAGUUAUAAUGAAGAUGGUGUGUCACUUCAAAGGUAGCUAGCUUGUAUAUAUAUAUAAAGUUGGGAGUGAUUUAUAGAAGAUUAGAAGUGAGGUAAAAAGUUAGCAAAAUUUGAAGCAAUUUCUGAAGUACGCGGAUUUUAAUUCAAUGUAGUAACUACUAUAAGAAAUUGAGUACUUAUAUAUGUAGAUUUUAUAAUUAUGUCAUAUAAUAACAU